AAGAGUUCAAACUAUGAAAUGGGUUCUUCUCAUAAGCAGAAGAAGAUGAAUAAGAUCAUGAAGAACUACAAAAAUCUUGAAUUAGUACUGAAUAAGGAGGUUGAAAAUCAGAAAUAAGAAGCACUGAUCACCUCUGUUCAAGGAGCAUGAGCAAGAGUUCAUGACUCUUAAUACUUCAAAUCAGUUUUACGGUUAUAGAACGACCCUACAAAUGGAGAAGAAGGUCAAGAAUUCACUUCUCACAGUGAGUAAUACACGAAACAAGAGACCACAAACUUCAAGAGGGGAUUACCUCCGAGAUCAGCAGAAAGGAAAGCCUUUUAGGAACAGAGAUGUGAUGAUUAAAUAAGAGAAGACCAAUGUCAGCAAUUCGUGAAGAUAUUGGAGCCAAGAGACAGGCUAAGAAAUCAAUAGAAACGAAAAAGGGAAGCCGACCAGUGACUGCUUUGUCUUCUUUUCAAAAAAAGAAGCUUCCAGGAUCGCCUCAAGUUCCUGGGCUCCAAAUUAGCUCACCUAAUAGGAAAGUUGGGAAGUUUUAUUCGACCUUAAAAUCUUCAAGGAAUAAAGCUAAAGCUAAGAAGCCAACGGAAGUAACUAGUUCAUUUUGGGAUGAUGGGUUUUCCUUCAGAAAUCGGACACUGGGAUCCCAGAAUAGUCUGAAUGCUUCAGCAUCACCUCCUAGAAAGAAGCAUAGGGUAAUCCAGCUUGUACGCCAAAGCACUAAAGUUAUUGGAAGAGAUACUGUGAUUCAUCAUGGAAACAUUGAAAUGAGUCUUCACGAACUGAGGUCUACAUUCAAGCUGAAACAUGAGCAAAGGAAUGAACUAGCUCUCGAUAGCGUAGUUUUCUCACUAGGAAUAGAAGAGAACUGCCCUCAGAUUCAUUGAGAUAUUAUCGGGCCUGCUGAAAAGCAAAUUGGGAGAUUUGUGAUUAAGAAAAAUCUUGGAACUAUGACCUCUAAAAGUAUCCUAGAGCGGGCAGAAACCAAACUCACGAAGAACCUCCUUGCAAAAAUGGAUUUUCAUGAUAUCACAGUAGAGGAGAUGUGCAGAAAGCCAAGUUUUAAGAUUCAGAUUGGAUCCAAAAUGGGACUUAGAGGGUGGAACUCCAUUAAGAAUAUCCUGAAAUAUGGAGAAUUCGAAUUUUUCAUAGACUUUUCAGCACAUAAAGAAUUUGACCGAAUCAGACUGUCCGAUUCAGGUAUAAAAGAAUUUAUGUAUGGCAUUGAAGGCUGCUCAACUUUGAAGCAUUUAAAUAUAAAAGAAAACAACAUUACUGCAAAUGGGAUGGAGGUGAUCAAGAAUUACCUUCCUAAGACAAGUGUGAUAAAUCUGAAUAUUUCACAUAAUCCUUUAGGAAAUGAAGGGAUUAUUAUCUUAUCUAAGCUCCUGAUGACCUAUAAGUUUAAACUACUUGAACUAGACAUCUCAGCGUGUGAGUUCAAUCAGGUAGGAGCAAUGAGUAUUUACAAUUGUUUACGAAACAAUGUCCCACUAGAGACACUUCAUAUGAAUGAGAAUAAGCUUAGAGGACCAACAAUGAAGUAUUUUACAGAUGCUAUGUGGCAAAACACAAAUCUUAAGAAACUAUCAAUAGCCUCUUCUCAGCUCGAUUAUCAAUGUGCAAGGAGAGCUCUGGAAGCACUGGAAAAUAAUACAGGAUUAUAUGCUGUGAAUCUCUCUAAUAAUAACAUCACAGAGCAGCAUUCUGAUAACCUUGCGAAUGUGUUAUGAUCGAAUGAAUCGAGAUUAAAGUACAUAAAUCUUUCCGACAAUUAUCUGACCGAUGAGUCUUUGGAAGAUAUUGACAUCACAGACAACUUAAGGUCACUAAUCCUUCGUAAUAAUUCGCUCAAAAAUGAAGGAGCUUUGAUCUUACUCACUCUUCUACACGAGAAGCCUAAUCUCAGAAGGGUUGAUCUCCGCAAGAACAUGGUGAGUAUAAAAUACUUGAAUGAUAUCACAAAUCUAAUCCAAGCCAAGAAUGAUCUCCGAGAAAGGCAGAAGCUUCAGAGCGUGAGGCAAGAGAUUAUUGAUACGAAUGAAGAACUCAAGACCAUGCCUAUUGUCCAGAAGGAAAUCAGAGUAGUUCUGAAAGAAAAAGAGCGCUACUUAAAAGAACUCAACGCUACUAAGGUUGAGAAGGAGGAGAAGAUUAAAGAACAGAACAAUAUUUCCAAAGUUGUUGACGACCAAGCAAACGAAAUCAGGAAACUCCUCAGAUCGCAGGAUGUAAAAAUUUACGAGGUUAAUAAAUAAAAAGAACCAAAUUGAAGACGAGUAUUAUAAAAAGGUUGAAAAUAUCCAACGAGAAAUAAUUAAGACUAAGGGGCAUAUUACAAGGAUGUAUAAGGAAAAGGAUGCAUUGAACAAGACUAUUAAUGAGAAGAGCAAGGAGAUCAAAGAAGAGCUGUUCAAUGUCAACUUAAAGUAUGAGAAUGUCAAUGCUGUGAAGAAAAGGGCUCAGGGCACCAUGGAUUCAUUCGCCUCUCAGAUAGACUUUAUUAAAAAGGAAAUAGAAAAGUUGAAGCAACAGAAAGCUGAAAAACAUCAAAAGAAAUUGCUAUUGAUGAAUAAGAUCAAGACUACUCCAAAUACAAAACUAACUGGGUUGAAAACAAAGCGGUCAGGCAGGUCUAGAAAGAGGUCAAACAAAAGAUCAAAGCUUAAAAAGCCUGAAAAUCUAAUCCCCAUAAAGAGUGCUACUGAACUUCCGAUUAUCAAGGAAGGAGAAGAGCCAAAAUCUAAACCGAGGAAGCUUAAGAGGAGACGUCCUCGGACAGUUAGAAGGAAUAGGUAAAUUUGAAGGCUUCAUACAUUAAAAUCAAACUGUUCAA